AUGGCCUCCGCAACCACCUCGUCCACCUCGAGCGCAGGCGCCUACUCGGCCCUUCUGCGCCGCUCGAAACUCGCAACCUUCAACCCGCGCAUCGACCAAGUCUACACCGCUCCCUCGUCGUCCCGCGCGCACGCCAACAACUACGGCCUCAAGCGUCCGCUCCCGCCCAAAUCGACCCGCACCGCACCCUUCGUCCGCGUGCUCCAACUCGACUCGACAGACGGCAGGACUGGGUUCCGCAAGGCGACGAGGGAGACAAAGUUUACCCGCCAGUGGGCCGAGGUCGGUGUGGGCAUCCAGGCGACCGUCUUGGGUGACAGGGCCGGCAGCGGCGGCACGGUCGGGAACAGGAGGCUCUGGUUCCGCCCCGAGGUGCAGACCAGGUUCAUGCCGCCCGGAUUCGCAGGCGGGAUCCAGCAGCCCGGGCAGGAGAACGUCCCCGGACGCGAAUUCGCCGUCGAGCCUGGCGUCGACUCCAACGCCGCCGACGCUCCUGCCGCCGCCGCCGCCGAAUCCUCUCCCAUCGAGUCCCAACCGGUCCCCAACUUCUUCCUCAUGCAGCCCGACGCCUUCGACCAAUUCCUCCUCGACCUCGGCCGUCGACGCUCCGACUUCCGCGCGUUCGUCGCCGCGGAAGAAAACAAGCGGUCCCUCUCGCUCGGACAACCCGCGAGUGCGGAUCCAGAGACGUACGAUUUGUACGCGCACGCGCAGCGCGAACCGGUCGAGCUCGUCAGGCUCGUCGAGCGCUUCCUCCGUUUGCCGGCUGAAGUGGACCCGCGAAUUCCGGGCGCGGAACCUUCAAAGCGCGACCCUGCGCACGCUGAGCCGAUGCCGCUCGUCCACCCGACCCUCGCACUGCAGUACUCGACUCCGACGCCUCUCGAGUCGUCCCUCGCUCCGCCCGUCGAGGGACGGAUCCUCGGACCAGUGAACGACGCCGCGCGCAGCGGACACAUCGGCGCGUCGUACGACCGCAAGAACAAGGUCUACGCGCAGGUCCUCUCGCAAAUCUCGAUGAUCCCCGCCAACGCAGCGGGCAACACCCAGCCUACGACGUGGUUCCCUGACGUCGCGGGCGAGCGGUCGAACGUCCCUGGUCGUGCGUCGUUCCGCGUCCAGCCGACGAUCAACCCUACGAUUUACGCCGCGCGCGCAUCACUCGAGCGGGCCAACUUCUACGCCAGUAUCGAUUUCCGCCCGCCGACCGAGGAACACGGCUCGGCUCUGCUCGACCACAGUCGAAUCGAGACGCACCCCGUCGCCCUCCCAGCCGAACACCUCGCUUCGAUCCGACCUUUGCCCGGAACGCAGGCUUACUCGGGCAACAACCCGCCCGAGGUGCGUCCCAGGGCGGGAUCGGGCGGAUACGCGUUCGGUGCGGGCGCGAGGGCACCGUUGUUGGGUUCGAGUUUGACGGAUUUGUGGAGGGACGGCGAGGGCGCGCGGCAGGGCGGAGGUGGGGCGCUGGGAAGUUUGGGCGAGUUGUUUGGUGGUGGGUCGCGGAGGAGGAGGCAGGGAGAUGGGGCGGAUCCGAUUGCCCAGCUUCGAGCGCGCAGGCAGGCGCAGGGACAGGGCCAGCAGGGACUGGGACAGAGGGCAGGGAGGAAGGGACAGGCGAACGAGAGGUCGAGGGAGUUGAUUGGAAAGUUGCAGAGUAUGAUGAACAACGCCAACGCCGGUGGGAACGGCGGGUCGGCGCAGUAG